AUGAUCACCGACAUCGAAAACGCUGUUAAAGUUAUAAAAUCUAUCGUACCAGAGAACCUCAGACAUCCUGUUAUUGGUAUCGUAUGCGGUAGCGGUUUAGGUACACUCGCAGAUGACCUUGAUCAGCGUUUCGAGUUGGAAUACAAUCGUAUACCUGGAUUUGCAGAGAGUGGUGUUAGUGGACACAAAUCUAAACUCGCUUUUGGUUUCUUAGGCAAAGAAACUAAAGUACCAGUCGUAUGUAUGUUGGGUAGAUUUCACAUGUACGAAGGAUGGUCCUCAACGCAAGUCGUUUUCCCAAUUAGAACAAUGGCACAUAUGGGAAUAGAAAGUAUCAUCAUUACAAAUGCUGCAGGUUCACUCAACCCUCAAAUACCAACUGGAAGCAUUGUCACCAUUCAUGAUCACAUUGCAUUCCCUGGUCUCAGUUCGGAUAACCCACUCAAAGGACCAUUGGUGCCAAUACAAACUGAAGCAUUGAAAAGACUAAACCCACAGCCACCUCAACCACCUAGAUUCCUUCCACAAAGCGAUGCGCACUCAUUCGAUCUUCGUCUUUUGGCACACAGAGCAGCCCACAAGAUUGGUAUUGCUAGAGAUGCCAUAGUAGAGGGUGUUUAUUGCUGGGUUACAGGUCCUACUUAUGAGACGCCAGCUGAAGGUAGACUCCUCAGACAAGCAGGUGCAGAUGUAGUAGGAAUGUCAACAAUCCCAGAAGUUAUCGCAGCUCAUCACGCUGGAGUUAAAGUAUUGGUUCUUUCACUCGUUACUAACUUUGUCGUAAUUCCUGAUACUUACCCAUCUGCUAAAGCUAUUGUUGACGCUGAAAUAAACGGAACUGCACCACCUGUUUACAAACCAUCAGAAAUUGUCAGCCAUGUUGAAGUUCUCGAAGAAGGUCAAAAGAGAGCUCAAGAUAUGCGUAGACUUGUUAGUGAAAUUAUUGAAUCUAGAGCAACAGCGGAGAAAUUAGUAUAA